GAGCAAAUGGGAGUUCCAAGCAGAGCAGGAGUGAGAAGAAGAGCCGCAAGGCGAUGUUGAAACUUGGCAUGAAACCAGUUACAGGUGUUGGCAGGGUCACCAUCAAGAGAACCAAAAAUAUCCUAUUUUUCAUCUCAAAGCCUGAUGUUUUCAAGAGCCCACAUUCUGAGACAUAUGUCAUAUUUGGGGAGGCAAAGAUAGAGGAUUUGAGCUCUCAGUUGCAGACACAGGCUGCCCAGCAGUUCAGGAUGCCAGACAUUAGUUCUGUGACGGCCAAAUCUGAAAACCCUGCGGCAGCUGCUGGACCACCAGCAGACGAAGAAGAGGAGGUGGUUGACGAAACUGGUGUGGAGCCUAGGGAUAUUGAUUUGGUCAUGACGCAGGCAGGAGUGUCGAGGAACAAGGCCGUCAAGGCUCUUAAGACUAGCGAUGGGGACAUUGUCAGUGCUAUUAUGGAGCUCACCACCUAAGUUGCCCUCUUCAUUUUCUUUAGCUGUUAUAUUUUCCUGAUUAUCAGUUUUCCA